ACUGGUAGUACAAACUAGCGCUCACAUGUCACUGUGCACGCCGACCACCGCUAUUAAUCUGAUUUUCCCUCUCAAGAUCCCAGGACCAAGCAAGCGCUGAGAGCACAGCUCCGAGCUUUGCACAGAUAUCCGUUGAAUUCGCUAAUGAAUUGAGUACCAGGUUACCGCCACGCAGUACUACGCUUCAAGAUCUCGCUAGAUCUGGCAUCUUAUUUUCUUUUUCCUGACGCACCGGUUUUCAUUACUCAACCCACCGCGUUAGCCCCAUGGCCUUCAACCUCAAAAACUACUUGUUGUAUUCCCCAUAUUUCUGUUGCUGCAUACCAGUGCGAUUCGGAUUCGUGCUAUUGACCUGUCUCUCCUUCCUGUUUUCUGGUGUACUAUCCGUUUUGUUGUGGUUUGAGCUGUCUCAUUCGUAUUCAUUAACUAGUAAGGAGAAAGGUUCGUUUUGGGCUGUGGGUAUUGUUGAAACCAUAUUGCUUGCUGCGUCCGUCAUUGGAUUCAUUGGUGCGGUUGCUCGAAAGCAACGGUUUGUCAGGAUCUACGCGUACUUCCUAUAUAUCCAUCUUUUUCUCAAUGUCGUUGUCGGCAUCUACUUCCUCGUUACCAUCCGCCAAAGUAACCGAGAACAAAUAGUUGAGGAAUGCUACGUCGUGUUCUCCGGCAAUCCAUCCCAAUCCAACUGCCAAGGCCUUCAGAAUAUCUCAACAUACGUUUUCAUUGCUGUGGUAUCAUUUGUAUUGCUCCUUGAAUUAUAUGGUGCUCUCAUCGCCACUCGUUACCUGAACAUACUCACAAAGCAGAAGAAGGUUGAGCACAGUCGCAGACUGGGAUUAUACCACGCUGUUGCCAACGUCCCCUCCAGUCAUUCUCGCGGCAUGUCUGAUGACAUAGAAUUGCUUCGUCCCCGAGACAGUUCUGGCACUAAUUUUUCGUCACUUGGAGGGCCCUAUGACUAUGGUGAUGACGUUCUCGACAUAACCCAUCCACCUACAAGCUACGAGCCUGUUCCGACACAUAACCCCGAUAUGAAUUCCCAUAGCCAACAGCCAUCACAGUCGUCAAGCACUCCCACCCAUAAUCAGCUGCCCUCUCAGUCAAGCGCAUAUCCUUCAUCCAGUACUUCUUCACCUUCGCGAAGCUUCCGUGCACUCCCCCCUCGACCGUCAAAUAAUGUAGUUACUGGAAUCCCACCCACACGUAUACCACAAGUGUCGGAUCGGACGCCACGUACUACGAAAGCCUCUGACUCCCCGUCGAGCUUCUUGUACGAGAGCCGUGAUCCAUCAACGCAACCGAAUGGUGACGUUGAUCAACGCUCAACAUAUUCUGUUUCCACAAACGCACAUUUAGCAUUGAUAGAACAUGCUUCGGUGAUGUUGCCAAGAUUCUCUCCACCAUCUAGUGCUCCUCCAGUUCCAGAGUUGCCACCACCGUAUCGUCAGUCUCGGAGAUAGCAUGGACUCGAUGGAAUAAUUCCUCGAUCUACUCGGACUUUUGUUAUUAAUGCUUUUAUCGCUACGACACACUGUAGUUUUGUUCUGUUUCGACGGACUCUUAGGCCAAUGUAGAUUUAUCUAUAUGGACAAUGAUACCCAAGUGAUACCAGAA